AAGGACCCAAAGGUGCUGUAGGGCAUAUCAAGAAUAGACUCACCACAAGUUACUCCUCAACUCUCUUUAAGCUUUCAUCCAAAAACUCUCCAACAAUGGCUUCCUCUACCCAAAAACCCUCUUCUUCUUCUACCCCAAUCCGUAAAUAUAACUUCGAUGUGUUCUUGAGUUUUAGAGGUGAAGACACCCGCAACAAUUUUACGGUUCAUUUAUUCAAAAUUUUGGGUCGGAUGGGUAUUAACACUUUCAGAAACGAUGAACCUCUGAGACGAGAGGAGAUCCAAUCAGGAAUUUUGAAAACUAUUGAAGAAUCAAGAAUUUCCAUAGUUGUGUUCUCAAGAAACUAUGCGCAUUCCCAGUGGUGUUUGGAUGAGUUAGCGAAGAUCAUGGAGUGCAGGAAACAAAAUGAACAAAUAGUCUUGCCGGUGUUCUACCACGUGGAUCCUUCUGAUGUGCGAAAGCAAACAGGGAGCUUCGGAAAUGCAUUUUCCAAUUAUGAAAGAGGUGUAGAUGAGAAAAAGGUGCAAAGGUGGAGGGAUGCCUUUACUGAAGCAGCCGAUACAGAUGGUUUCCGUGUGCCGGAGGAUGGGGAUGAGCCAACUAUUAUUAAGAAAAUCAUUAAUUUCGUCAAUGGCGAAUUGAAACUUCCAGGUCAUAACUUAAUUGGAAUUGAUGGACGUUUGGAAGAAUUGAAGUCAUUGAUAGGCAUUGGAUCUUAUGAUGUUCGCAUGCUUGGAGUAUGGGGAUUAGGUGGAAUUGGCAAAACCACAAUUGCACGAGUUAUUUAUAACUCAAUCUCAUACCAAUUCGAUGGUGCUAGCUUUCUUCCAAGUGUUUGCCAGCAAUCCAUGCCUAAUGUAAAAAAAAAACUUCUAUGUGACAUUACUGGAUUGUCCUAUGGAGGCCUGAAUGUUGAUGAAGGGCUCAAUAAGAAUAAGAUAAAGAAAAAAAAAAUUCUUAUCGUUGUUGAUGAUGUGGAUUGUUUGAGUCAAUUAAAGGACUUAGUUCCAAAUGGAGAUUGGCUUGGUGGGGGAAGUAGAAUUAUUAUAACGACUAGAGAUAAACAUUUACUACUUGAGCAUGGAGUGGAUGCUAUAUAUGAGGUUCAAGGAUUAGAUUUUGCAGAAUCUAUACAUCUCUUUAAUCUUUAUGCCUUCCAAGCAAGAUUUCCUAAACCAGCAUACAGAGGAUUUUCCCGAAAUAUAGUAAAUUAUAGUGAGGGCCUUCCAUUGGCUCUUAAAGUUUUUGGUGAUUUUCUUUUUCGUAAGUCAAUAGAUGAAUGGGAAAGUGCAUUGUAUAAACUAAAACACCAAUCCAUGAAAGAAAUUCAAGAUGUGUUUCAAAUCAGUUAUGAUAGACUAGAUUACAAAACAAAAGAUAUAUUUCUUGAUAUUGCAUGUUUUUUUAAAGGGGAAGAAAGAGAAUUUGUUUCAAGAAUAUUAGAUGGGGCUGAGAAAGCAAUAACAGAUCUCUCUAAUAAGUCUCUCCUAACUUUUUCAAAUAAUAAGAUAAUGAUGCACCCUUUAUUGCAACAAAUGGGUCAAGGAGUUGUUCAUCAAGCAUGUCCUCAAGAGCCAGGAAAACAGAGCAGAUUGUGGAGAUCAGAGGAUGUCCAUCGCAUAUUGCUCAAAAAUGAAGGGACUGAUGCGAUUGAAGGGAUAUUUCUAGAUACAUCUCCAGCAGAACCAAUAGAGUUUACCAUUCUAGAUACAUCUCCAGCAGUACCAAUAGAGUUUACCACUGAAGCUUUUAAAAUGAUGAACAAACUUAGAUUACUCAAAGUUUGUCGAGGUCAUAAAUGUGGUUCCAUGGUAAAAAAUUAUGAAGUGCGUGUUUCUACCAACUUUGAAUUUCCAUCUUAUGAGUUAAGAUAUCUUCAUUGGGAUGGAUAUCCUUUGGAAUAUUUGCCAUCAAAUUUUCAUGGAGAGAACCUUGUUGAAUUGAAUCUGCGGUAUAGUAAACUAAGAGUGCUUUGGCAAGGGCUUAAGCCUCCUGAGAAGUUAAAGCCUCUUGAGAAGUUAAAGGUUAUCAAUCUCAGUCACUCUCAGCAGCUCAUUCAAAUCCCAGACUUCUCCGAUACACCAAAUCUGGAGAGUCUAAUUCUUAAAGGGUGCACAAACCUUGAGAACAUUCCAAGCAGCAUUUGGCACUUGGAUUCUCUUGUAAAUCUUGAUCUCUCUCACUGUUCAAAACUCCAGGAACUUGCAGAGAUCCCGUGGAAUCUAUACUCAUUGGAAUAUUUGAACUUGGCAUCCUGCAAAAAUCUUAAGAGCCUUCCAGAGAGCCUUUGUAACUUGAAAUGUCUUAAGACUCUCAAUGUAAUCGGGUGUUCAAAACUGCCCGACAACCUGGGAAGCCUGGAAUGUCUAGAGAAGCUUUAUGCAUCAAGUUCAGAAUUGAUUAGCCCUCAAUCGGAUUCCUCUUUGGCUGGUUUGUGCUCCUUAAAAGUAUUGGAUAUGCAUGACACCAACCUAAUGCAACGUGCAAUCAGUGGUGACAUUGGCAGCUUAUACUCAUUGGAAGAAUUAAACCUAAGUUACUGUAAUUUAACAGAAAAAGAAAUUCCCGAUGAUAUUUGCUGCCUAUACUCAUUGAGAGUAUUAGAUCUAAGUGGAAACCUUUUUCUUGGAGUAACUGAUGCCAUAAGUCAACUUUCUGAGCUAAGAGAGCUUGGGUUGAGGCACUGCAAGAGUCUUCUAGAAAUUCCAAAGCUUCCAUCAAGUCUCAGAGUCCUAGAUGCCCAUGAUUGCACAGGCAUCAAAACGUUAUCAAGUACAUCAGUGUUGCAAUGGCAGUGGCAGUUAAAUUGCUUCAAAUCUGCUUUUUUACAAGAAAUUCAGGAGUUGAAAUACAGAAGGCUUUUGUCUCUUCCAGCAAAUGGUGUCAGCCAGGGAUUUAGUACUGUUAUCCCUGGAAGUGGAGAACUUCCAGAGUGGAUAUCAUUCCAGCGUAUUAGCAGUGAAGCAACAAUACGGCUACCACUUAAUUGGUACGACAAGGACUUCUUGGGAUUGGCUUUAUGCUGUGUUUAUAUUCCACAACAGGGUGAACCUCUGGAUAAAUCAAUGGAUGAACCAGCGAGUAGUACGUCUGAGAAUGCCACGGUGAAUAUCACGCAACCUUAUCAUUUAGGAUGUGAAUUGACUUUCCUUGAUGAUGAAAUUGGGUUUUUGGAUUAUCUCUCCUGUGGAUCAUCCUGCCAAUGCGACCAUAAUGAUGGUGUAUCAGAGUCAGUGUGGGUAACGUAUUAUUCUAAUGUUGCUAUUAAGCACAGAUAUCGCUCCGAUAAACGAAGGCAUUUAAUGGCUUCAUUUCGUGGCCAUGUUAAUGGUAAACCAGUGAAGGUGGAAAAGUGUGGGAUUGGUCUUGUACAUGUUGAUCUUGAGAACACCAGUGGAGUUGGAAGUGGUAAGCUCUAGUAAUGAUCAGAAGCCCCUAAAAGUUUGAGAUGAUCCACCGACGGUUCCAUGCAUAGAUCCAAGGCCAAAAUUGUAGGAUUCACAAUGGCACCCCCAGAGCUCCUCCUCCUUGAUAGUCUCUCUCUGUGUCUCUGGUUUUGGACCUUUCAAGCCAUGACAACAUUAUUGGUAAGUUAUUUUUCCUUUCUGGUGUAAGUUUCCACCGCAAACAGAUUAAAGGAGCUUAAAUUCUUGAUUAUAUUUUUGCUGUUUAAAAUUUCUAGGAUGUAAAAAUAUGCCCACCCCAAAAACAAAAAGAAUAAAUAAAUAAAUAUUGGCCUAAAAGAUCCAGACCAGUUAUGUUAAUUUGUAAACCACUUUAGGACUUGUUCCAGAGUAUUUGCCCAUUAUUAUUUUUGAGGCAUUGAAGUCUUGUUUUGAACAAGUUUACAUUGUCUACCGUGCGGGUCUUGGAAUUGAUCAACCAAGCUGGAACAACACUCAACUGAUCAAUUGAGGCUUAAGUUGGUUUCCCAUGUCAGGUACGUAGAAUUUCAUUUCUGUUCCAGAGUACUUGAUCCUCAUGAUUUAUUUCUUAUAUUCCUUCAUUUAUCUUACAUUUUAACUUUAUAUGUUAGUUUAAGUUUCACAAACAUGAAUAAUAAUUUCUUCAUAGGUGAUUAUGGACUAUAUAAUAUAUAUAGACAUGGAAUUGAAACCUUGUAUCUUAUGGCGUAGCGCUGAAUGGUUGGAAGCGGUUCCAAAAGACAAGCAGUGGGAUGAGUUGAUGUCUGAAUGUGAGUCCUUGAAAGAGAAACAGUUGCUAAAGAGACAUGGGAUGGUCUACUUGUACUGAUCAUCUAAUUGCAGACUGGUAGGCAUUAAUCUCGAUCCUUGACAAAAACACACUACAAUUUGGGAAUAAUUCAUUCUGUGUGGAUGAAAAAGUAUGACUUGCAAAUGCUAGAAACUAGAAUUUAUGUUUUCAGCUUUGAAAUGUAUGUAUGAUUGAGGUUUGAAUGAGCAGUCAGUGAGAACACCAUGCAAUCAUAUCCAAAAGAUAAGCUUUAUCCUAUUUAGUAA